GUGGCAGCGGCGGCCGCAGCGGGCGCACUCUGCCGAGCCAUGUCGGCGGCGCGCGUGGAGUACAUCGCGCCCUGGUGGGUGGUGUGGCUGCACAGCGUCCCGCACCUCGGCCUGCGCCUGCAGCCGGUAGACAGCACCUUCAGGCCGCGCGAUGAGAGUUACCAGGAGUCACUGCUGUUCUUGGGGCUGGUGGUCACCGUCUGCCUGGGCCUGAACCUCAUCUUCCUCGCGGCUUACCUGGUCUGCGCGUGCUGCUGCGGGCAGGAUGGUGCGGUGCAGACCAAGAGGCGCCACUCCUGCUGCGUCACCUGGACGGCCGUGCUGGCUGGGCUCAUCUGCUGUGCUGCGGUGGGCGUUGGUUUCUAUGGAAACAGCGAGACGAACGAUGGGGUGUACCAGCUGAUCUACUCCUUGGACAACGCCAACCACACCUUCUCUGGGAUCGAUGCGCUGGUGUCUGGAACCACCCAGAAGAUGAAGGUGGACCUCGAGCAGCACCUGGCUCGGCUCAGUGAGAUCUUCGCCGCCCGGGGCGAUUACCUCCAGACACUGAAGUUCGUGCAGCAGAUGGCGGGCAACAUCCUCAGCCAGAUGUUAGGGGUGCCCACGUGGAGGGAGGUCACCUCAGAGCUGACCCAGCUGGCCGACCAGACUGGCUACGCGGAGUAUUACAGAUGGCUCUCUUACCUCCUGCUCUUCGUCCUGGACCUGGCCAUCUGCCUCCUCGCCUGCCUGGGACUGGCCAAGCGCUCCAGGUGUCUCCUGGCCUCGAUGCUGUGCUGCGGGCUGCUGGCCCUGCUCCUCAGUUGGGCGUCUCUGGCCGCCGACGCCGCAGCAGCGGUGGGCACCAGCGACUUCUGCACGGCUCCGGACACUUUCAUCCUGAACGUCACGGAGGGCCAGGUCCACACAGAGGUGACCCGUUACUACCUGUAUUGCAGUCAGAGCGUAAGCAGCCCCUUCCAGCAGGCACUGACCGUCUUCCAGCGCUCGCUGACCACCAUGCAGAUCCAGGUGGCAGGACUGUUGCAGUUUGCCGUGCCCCUCUACCCCACGGCAGAAAAAGAUCUGCUCGAAAUCCAGCUCCUGUUGAACUCAUCCGAGUCCAGCCUUCACCAGCUGACGGCCAUGCUGGACUGCCGAGGGCUGCACAAGGACUACCUGGACGCCCUCGCUGGCAUCUGCUACGACGGCAUCGAGGGUCUGCUCUACCUCGGCCUCUUCUCCCUCCUGGCCGCGCUGGCCUUCUCCACCAUGGUCUGCGUGGGGCCGCGGGCCUGGAAGCACUUUGCCACCAGGGACAGAGACUAUGACGACAUCGAUGAUGACGACCCCUUCAACCCCCAGGCCCGGCGCAUCGCCGCCCACAACCCGCCUAGGGGGCAGCUUCGCAGCUUCUGCAGCUACAGCAGCGGCCUGGGCAGCCAGACCAGCCUGCAGCCCCCGGCCCAGACCAUCUCCAACGCCCCCGUCUCGGAGUACAUGAACCAAGCCGUGCUCUUCGGUGGGAACCCCCGCUACGAGAAUGUGCCACUCAUCGGAAGAGGCUCCCCUCCGCCCACGUACUCUCCCAGCAUGAGGGCCACCUACCUGUCCGUGGCAGAUGAACACCUGAGGCACUACGGGACCGAGUUUCCAGCCUAACACACUUUCAGGGACUCCUGCCUCCUUGAUCCGUUUUUGUUUUUAAUUCAUGCAAACGCAAGCUGUGUUUCUUUAAUAGAAACCAAAGGCAUCUGGAGACUGUGUGCAGGGUUGGAAGACUGUGUGCCGACUGCAGGGUUGGAAGGCUCCUGCUGGCCCAAAGGCGUGGCCAAGAUUCAGGGAGAAUCAGCGUGGGACUGGCUGAGCCGCCCGGGCAGACAGAAGACCCACGACUUGGACCAGCUUCUCCCACCUCUGGCCUCCUCUUCCACCGGAAAUGCUCCCAGGUGCUUGGCCACCCCUAAGCUGGGAGCCUGGUUCAGCUCACCCCUACAUCCCACUGUCACCAAGUGGGGAGCGGCAGGAAGGAGGGACCAGGUCAGGUUCAAGGGUCCCAUUACCAGGGCUGUGCCUCCUGCUAGCACAGCCAGAAGCCCAGGUGGCCACCCUGAGUCGCCCCUCUCCUCCUGGCUGCACAGAGGGGUAGCAUUUCCCUGCAGGAGAAGGUGGAAGGGCUGGUCAGGAGAUGCUUUUAUAGGAGGCGGCAUCCCUGAUGAGACCCGACACGGUCCACAUCAGUCUCCCAGGGCCAGGUGGACUCUCCCUGGGCCACCAAGGGAAAGCGCUGGAGGGCUCCACCUAGGAGGCUAGUGGCUCCAGGGCUGGGGGACCACAUCCUCGUGCCUGGUGGGCUUCCUGGUGGUGGCGGACCUGUCUUUCUUCGACCCUCUGCCUCCUCACCUCCAUUCCAGAAUCCAUGCUGUGAGUUUGCUCACUACAGAUACAGACGGUCUCAGGUAUUCACAGACACUUUGGAAGUGACUAACACUUUUUUCCCCCGGUGUUUUAAAUAUUUUGAUUAUCCAAAGAAUUGAAACUCAUCGCACAUCCAGUUUUUACAAUAGCUGCGGGGCUCACCCCUUCCACCUGAUUUGUCUACCAUUACAUCACAGGUUUUGCUGACAGCAGCCAGCUCUUUACUGAUCUGGAGGUGGGGAAAAGGGGAUUUUUAAGCAAAAUAACGAUCAGUGAGACAUCCUGUCCCAAGCUGCUGAUUGCUGGGCAUGUGGGUUCCUCCCACUCGGAGGGAGGCUUUUUAAGAGAGGAAAGUCUGUAAGACGGAAAACUCCGUGAACAGAGUCUGAUCCAGGGGACUAGCAGAAUGCACAGGUCAGCUCUUCCCUCUCUUUUGUCUUAGAGCAAGUUUGCCGUAAAAGGUUUUAGCAAAGUGGGCCGGCUGUUUAUUGAUGUGCACACAGGCAUCUUCCCUCCCUCGCCAACCCCCCCCCCACCCCACUGUCCAGGACCGCUGACCUGCACCUGCUGGGUGAGGAGGAGCCUGUUGAUCAGGAGAAAAUAAUGACCCACCAUCCUUUCCGCCAAGGAUCCAGGGUUAGGGUCUCUGGUGCUCCCAACCUCCUGCCAACAAAAAGAA